AUGGGUGACUUUAAUAACGUUUCUGCUAUGAUCAGGGCACUCAAAGAAGGUGGUAAUCUAGCAGCAUUGACAGGUGGUGAUCCACACAAUCUACAUUCGGGCCGACGUGGCGCAUGGAAGGCGAAAAUCAAACAUUAUGCCAAACAAAUUAAUUCAUCUACCCACCGCUCAUUAUUCAUAUUUAAGAAGAACAACUGGAUAAGAAAACGAGCUAAUGAUGUCAUUGAGUGGAAUCCUUUCGAAUACAUGGUGCUAUUAACAAUCAUAGCUAAUUGUAUUGUUUUAGCACUUGAAGAACAUUUGCCACAUGAUGAUAAAACAACAUUAGCUAGAUCAUUGGAAAAAACCGAAAUAUAUUUCAUUGGAAUCUUUUGUUUUGAAGCUGCACUGAAAAUAAUUGCACUCGGUUUUGUUUUACACGAAGGCUCAUAUCUUCGAAGUCUUUGGAAUGUGAUGGAUUUCAUUGUUGUUGUGACCGGUCUAGCAACGAUUAGUAUCAAGAAGAACAGUUCGUUCGACUUACGAACGUUACGAGCGGUUCGAGUGCUUCGGCCGCUGAAACUGGUCUCAGGCAUUCCAAGUCUUCAAGUGGUGCUUAAAUCUAUAUUAAAGGCCAUGGCUCCGUUGUUUCAAAUAGCUCUUCUCGUUCUUUUUGCUAUUAUUAUAUUCGCUAUCAUCGGUCUUGAAUUAUAUUCAGGCGUGUUUCACACAACUUGUUUUUAUGCAAAUCGAACAGCUGCUGAUCCUGACAGUGAAGAAUUAAUAUAUAAAGGCGAUGAUCACCAACCCACCACAUGCGGAAUACCUGGAGAACCUAUCUGGGGUUGGUUGAAUAUGAAACACGGUGUAUUUACAUGUAAUAUUGCUAAUGAAUCGCUCGUAUGCCAAGAGUAUUGGAAAGGGCCUAAUCAAGGCAUUACUAGUUUCGAUAACAUUGGUUUUGCAAUGUUAACUGUCUUUCAAUGUAUAACUAUGGAAGGUUGGACACAAAUACUGUAUUGGACUAACGAUGCUGUGGGAACUUUAUUUAAUUGGCUUUAUUUUGUACCUUUAAUUAUUCUCGGUUCGUUCUUUAUGCUCAAUCUAGUUCUUGGUGUUCUAAGCGGAGAAUUUGCUAAAGAGAGAGAACGUGUGGAAAAUCGUCGUGCAUUUUUAAAAAUUCGUCGACAACAACAAAUCGAACGCGAGUAUAAUAAUUAUAUCGAAUGGAUUAAUCGAGCUGAGGAUGUCAUUCUGAAUGAAGAACGAACGACUGAACAAGAAAGACGAGCUAUUCAUGAAGCACGAAAAUAUGCCCAAUUAAAAAAAACUCGUCACAACAGAGCGGGCAAGCAGCAUAGUGUCGAUGAUGAUGAAGAAGAUAUUGACAACGCAUUCAAUCGUGGUCGAGGUACAGAUACAGAACGGCCGGAUCGACCACGGACGUUCAUGCGUCGUUGGCAUAUUCAACAACGUGUGAUUAAGAGUAAAAUUCGUAUCUUAGUGAAAACACAAGCAUUCUAUUGGACGGUUAUUGUUUUCGUGUUUUUAAAUACUGCGUGCGUUGCAAUUGAGCAUGAUCGGCAAAAUCAAUUCUUAACAGAUUUUUUGUAUUAUGCGGAAUUUGUGUUUCUUGGUCUGUUCGUCUUUGAAAUGCUUUUCAAAAUGUAUGGCCUUGGAGUUGAUCAGUACUUCGCGUCAUCGUUCAAUAUAUUCGAUUGUGUCGUCAUCUUCGGGUCGAUAUUUGAAGUCUUUUGGACAUACUUUCACCCAGAAGAAUCGUUCGGUGUAUCGGUUCUCCGUUCUCUCCGUCUUCUAAGGAUAUUCAAAGUGACACGACACUGGGCAUCGCUACGAAAUUUGGUCGUUUCGCUCUUGAGUAGUAUGCGAUCAAUCGUUAGUUUGCUGUUUCUUCUCUUCUUAUUCAUUCUCAUAUUCGCCCUAUUGGGUAUGCAAUUAUUCGGUGGCGAAUUUAGUUUUGAACAAGAAACUCCGUUGCAGAAUUUCAACAAAUUUGCCACUGCCUUAAUUACUGUCUUUCAAAUUUUGACUGGUGAAGAUUGGAAUGAAAUUAUGUACAAUGGUAUUCGAUCGCAGGGUGGUGCCAAUGGUAAAGGAAUGGUUUAUUCACUGUAUUUCAUUAUUUUGGUCUUAUUUGGCAACUACACACUAUUAAAUGUGUUUUUGGCUAUUGCUGUCGAUAACUUAGCUAAUGCGCAUGAAUUGACGAAAGAUGAAGAGGAAGAGCAAGCAGCAGAAGAAGAGAAGCGUGAGCGCGAGACGAAAGAUGUCGAGCUCAUGUUUAAACUAGGAUCACCGGCGUCAGCAGCGGCAACAACAGCAGCGGAAACAACAGCAAAUGCUAAAAUGAAAAAGCCCGAACAAGAAUCGCUGACACCGAGAAAUAAUCUUCAACAGACGACAAAGAAAGAAUAUGUUAAUAAUGCUGUUAAGACCGCUUUCGAUGUUCAAGCACCAGCGAAUACUCAACAUGCGUCGAACUCUAAGGAUAAUACGGAUUUUCUGGACCGUCAGUUAUUUGAAAAGCCAGAUUUGGAUUACAUACCUGGUCUUGAUUAUGAUCUUGGCCCCGUUGUCAUACCUACUUUGAAUAAAUUACCAGGUGUUGAUGACGCAACUGCUGCGAAAGUUCGCGCAGAAGAAGAAGCCAAGAAGAAAGCAGCUGCUGCUGCAGCCGAGGCUGAAGCAAAGAAAAGAGAACAAGCAUCACGUCCAGUUAAACCGAUUCUACCUUACAGUUCAAUGUUUAUUUUCAGCAGCACCAAUCCUAUUCGGCGAUUUUGUCAUUUCAUCGUUACACUUCGAUACUUUGAACUACUUAUUAUGAUUGUCAUUUGUCUUAGUUCAAUUUCAUUAGCUGCUGAAGAUCCUGUCAAUGAAAAUUCCAAGCGUAAUGUUGUUUUGAACUACGUCGACUACGCAUUUACGGGUGUAUUCACUGUUGAAUUAUUGCUCAAAAUUGUCGACUUAGGAGUUGUAUUUCAUGAAGGAGCUUACUGUCGAGAUGUGUGGAAUUUACUUGAUGCACUAGUUGUUAUUUGCGCAUUAGUUGCUUUUGGUUUCACUGAGAACGGCGCUGGUAAAAAUUUGAAUACAAUCAAAUCUCUUCGUGUACUCCGCGUCUUACGUCCAUUGAAAACAAUAAACCGUGUACCUAAAUUGAAAGCCGUAUUUGAUUGUGUGAUCACUUCCUUAUCAAAUGUGUUGACCAUUUUAAUUGUAUAUAUGUUGUUUCAAUUUAUCUUUGCUGUUAUUGCUGUUCAGUUGUUCAAAGGAAAAUUCUAUCGAUGCACAGAUCUAUCGAAGCUGACACCGGACGAAUGCCAAGGAUUCUUCUUUGAUUUUGGUGAUGGAAAAAAUAAACCUGAACGAAGAAGACGAACUUGGGAACCGUACGAUUUCACCUAUGACAGCGUUCCACAAGCAAUGCUGACGUUAUUUACGGUACAAACGGGCGAAGGAUGGCCGACAGUAUUACAACAUUCAAUCGACGCCACGGGUAUUAAUCGUGGACCACAGCCUGGCCAUCGACUUGAAAUUGCCAUGUUUUAUGUUGUUUACUUCAUCGUAUUUCCAUUCUUUUUCGUCAAUAUCUUCGUCGCCUUGAUUAUUAUUACGUUUCAAGAUCAAGGACAAAAAGAAUUAGAAGAAGCGGAAAUUAAUAAAAAUCAAAAAUCCUGUAUUGACUUCGCGUUGAAUGCUGUGCCAAUUCAACGAUGUAAGCCUAAGCAAGAAGGUUCACUUCGCUAUCGAAUAUGGCAGUUAUGUACAUCACCGUAUUUCGAAUUUUGCAUCAUGGUGAUGAUUGCGUUAAAUACAUGCGUCUUGAUGGCAAAAUACUAUCGAAGUCCACCGACUUAUAACGAUAUCUUAACAUAUGCGAAUACAACAUUCACUGCUUUGUUUACUGUUGAGAGCAUUUUGAAAAUUAUUGCAUUCGGCUUACGAAACUAUUUUCGUGAUAAAUGGAAUGCGUUCGACUUUAUUACCGUUCUGGGAAGUAUUGCCGAUGUGCUCGUCACAGAAUUUCGAGUGACAAAACAAAAUGUUCCUCUUGCAAUCGGUCCACAAAAGCAUAAGAAUACAUUACUCAAUCUGGGUUUUCUUCGUUUAUUUCGUGCCGCACGUUUGAUCAAACUUCUUCGUCAAGGUUACACAAUUCGUAUUCUACUUUGGACGUUCAUGCAAUCAUUCAAAGCACUACCCUAUGUUUGUCUGUUAAUCGCCAUGCUCUUUUUUAUUUAUGCUAUCAUCGGCAUGCAGAUGUUUGGUAAUAUAAAAGUCUUUGGGAAUGUUCGUCAUGACUCGGCUAAAUCCGAGAUAAGUCGACACAAUAACUUUUCCAACUUUUUCUAUGCUUUAUUGCUCUUGUUCAGAUGCGCCACUGGUGAGAGCUGGCAAGCCGUUAUGUUAGCAUGUAAAGCAGGAGUUGAAUGUCAUUCAGCAUUUUCAAAUAAGCCCUACCACCAAACAAGUGUAGCAAGUGGAUCGCAUCAUAAAAUUGGUCAUAGUAUAGGUCACAGAUGUGGCUCUGACUUCGCCUAUCUUUACUUUUGUUCAUUUGUGUUCCUGUCAUCGUUUUUAAUGUUGAAUCUGUUCGUUGCUGUUAUUAUGGAUAAUUUUGACUAUUUAACUCGAGAUUCAUCGAUUUUGGGUGCCCAUCAUCUCGAUGAAUUUCUUCGAGCAUGGUCAGAGUAUGAUCCGGAUGGCACAGGAAAACUUGAAUAUACGAAAAUGUUUGAAAUGCUGCGACUUAUGUCACCGCCAGUUGGCUUUGGUACGAAAUGUCCAUCGAAAUUAGCCUAUAAACGUUUAAUCCGUAUGAAUAUGCCGAUUGAUGACAAGCGCCAAGUACAUUUUACAACGACACUGUUUGCACUGAUUCGUGAAUCUCUGGGAGUCAAAAUGCGAGCGGCUGCAGAAGAAAUGGAUGAAGCAGAUAACGAAUUGCGAGAUGUGCUCUGUAAGGUUUGGCCAAAUCAUGCGAAAAAGAAUGUCAAACUACACGAAGGCGGAACAAAGCCACUACUUGAUCUCGUUGUACCACCUAAACAUGAAUUACACGGAAUACCAGGUUAUCCAAAGUUAACUGUGGGCAAAGUGUACGCCAUAUGCUUAUAUAUCGAUAAUUAUCGAUCUUAUAAACAGGGACAUAGCAACGACACUGGUUUUAAUUUAAAUCGACUCGUAUCUGCAUUGAAAGAACGCGUUUAUUCAAAAGAAGGCAUCAACGAAUACGAUUACGAUGGAAGACGAUCAUCAUUUCGUCGAUCUGGCUCGAAUCGAUCAUCGAAUUUUGAAAAUUUAUUUCUGGGUAAAAAUAAAGUAUCGACUAGUCGUCGUCCAAGUAGUGCUGUUGAAAAUGGUCUUCUGAACAGUUCUAAAGGACCGAAUCUAAUCAAUCUCGACGAAACAAAGCGUACAAGUCAACAAGCUCAUGAGGGUUUUAUUAACCAUCCUCACUAUGGCACCACAUUGAAUGUUCCAGAUCCGACUAGUGUUCUUCACGUUUUACCUCCAGCAGCUUCUCCAGCACCACUGAAUCCACCUCGACCAGCCAUCAUGUCCACACCCAAAUCUGCUAUGAUUUGUGUGAAGCAUCCUUCGUCAGCAGUUGCUUUAUCGCCAACAGAAACUCGACCGUUAUUACUUGUAACGACAGAAAAUGAUCAACACCGACCACAAACAAUGACAGUGUCUAACGAACGUCGUCUACCACUGAACGGUCGAAUGGCACCAGUUAUUUCAGCUCAACAGCGAAGUCAACCAAAAAUACCUAUGAUGAACAAUCACCAAAUGAUUCAUGAAACUUCAACUCAAAAAAUACCGGCUAAAAAAUAUGUCAACAACCGACCGCGAACGGCCCUAUUUUUUGCAUCCACAAGUAAUGAUCGCGAAUUGGAUUUACUUAGCAAAGUUACUGUCUGUUUAGGAGGACCUGAUCAAUCACCGGAACAGCAUCAACCAUUACUGAGCAACAGUGGAAAUGAUCUUAGUCGUCAUGAUUCCAUUGAUUCCCACACAUCAACUGAUGAUGGUAUGGGAAUAGUUGAUAGUUGGUCAAGUGCACCAAGAAUGAUCGUAUCAUCGGAUCAAAGAGCACCCACUAUUGAUACUUCGCUACUGAUCAAUACAGCUCAGUCACGACCACAGACAAGUGUCAGUUCAAGAAAAUUGCCAACGCCGCCGAUAUCUACACGACAAUUACCAUCAACUCAUGAUUCGAAAACCAAUGCAUCAUUUUCCGACGACCACAACACAGAAAAUGAAGAAGAGCUCGAACAGGAAAGAUACAAUCAUUCUGGAGAAUUAUUUUAUUAUCAAACAUCAUCUUCAUCGGCAACAAAAUCAGAUGGAUCGCCCUCCGCAGAAAGCUUCGAUAAUGACAAUCACGAAGACCACUAUCAUCAUGAUAAUCAAGAAGAAGAAGAAGAUGAUGAUGAUGAUGAUGAUAAUGAUGAUAAUGAUGAUGGCGCCGAUGACGAUGAUGAUAUUGCGGAACAGCGAAUUCGUCGACGACAUGCAAAUGACGAAGACGAGUAUCAAACUUCAUCGUACGAAUACGAAGGUUGA